AUGUCUUUAGCAGUGCAAGGUGAACGACGUCGCGAUAGGUCUAGAUCCAGGUCGCGUGACCGGCGAACCAAAGAUGAUCCAGAGCGAGAAACGAAGACAUAUCUAGACAUGCGAGAGUCAAGCUAUGGGUACCCUGACGAUGGUCAUAGCGACCGAUACGACGGUAAAUACUCCCAGCUUGAAAACGGCCGCCGUCUCGCGUAUCCUUCGGAGAACAGCUUCGAGCCGGCAAUGCCUCGGACCCAAUCAUCGUACCAGUAUGAUGAGAAGAGCUCUUCUUACAGGGACAAGUACUCUCGGCCAGAGUCUCCGGAAUCGAAUCACCUGCCCGGGUCUUUCCCCGACGAUGAGGACCAACCUCGCCGAGGCGACAAGGACGAUCGCUACAAGAGUCGCAAAGACCCCCGGGAAUCCAAAUACAACAAAUAUGACGACUAUGACUACCAUGACAAGAGAGACAGCCACCGCUCUGAGUCUAAGCGCGACAAGCAAGAUGCGAUUGACGCCAGCGAUGAUCGAUUGAAGUAUCUGCCGCAAAAGUACAGCCAGAACUACGAUGAGAAAGCCGAUAGCAGGAGAAAAACCAGGCGCCAUCGAUCCGACUCUGAAGACGACGCCCUGACUUACGGUGGUCCGCCUCCAUUCGAAACCCAGACGAGCUCCCCCCCGACGUAUGGUAGUUACAUUCCCAGUUCAAGCGUUGUCGGGGAUAAGCGCAGUUCGAAGUACAAGGACGACAACUAUGAUGAUAGGAGACGUCAGUACAGCCCCGAAAGAGAAGAUCGGUCAUCCAGGAAAACGAAGGGUGACUCUUAUCGGGAGUCCCCUGACGACCCGAGGAGCUUUAAAUCAAAUGUCCUGAACGUGGAACCAUCUCGGCGCACCAGGGACCGCUCUCGAGAUGCCAGACGAGAUGCCUCACCAGGACCGGCACUGUUAACAGCGGAACCUGACAAGCACGGACGGGAUAAGUCUCGCGACAGAUCCCGCGACCGGCGGUCAUCCAAGCGCGAACCCUCACCAUUGCCAUCGACUGCUCGAAUGUCAUCCCUCACUGUUGACACGCACCGUCCUGUCAGUAUGUCGCUGGCGGCGGCUCCAGGCUCGCCUCUCCUUGAGUCAUACCACGGCACCUACCAGGACUGUUCCCCAAUGCCAUCGCCGUUGCUUCUUGCGUCGCAAGCAGCCAAUGAACACCCGCAUAUUAUCGAUACGCUCUCACCCCUCAACUCCGAUGUCGAAGGAGACGGCAAGAAGCGCAACCGCAGAGCUCGCUUCCAUGACCCAGAAGAUAUUGCCUCCCGUCUGGCGCGAGCCUUGAAAGGCGACAGGCCGCCUGAUACGGAGCCUCUCAUUGAGAUUCUCCCAAGCCUGUCGCAUGACCAGGUGAUGGAGCUACGGGCGGAGUACAAGCGUAUUGUCAAGACAGGCUCGGAGCGCAAGGGGGUCAAUAUCGCGAAACACAUUCGGGCACGACUCAAAGACGAGGAUCCUAUGCUCAUGAAGGCUUGCUACUCUGUUGCUCUUGGAAUGUGGGAAAGCGAAGCCUACUGGGCCAAUUUCUGGUAUCAAGGAGACAAAACGCGUCGCGAGCUUCUCAUUGAAACUCUGAUGGGACGUUCAAAUGAUGAGAUCCGCCAGAUCAAGGAUGCUUUCACAGACAAGAAAUACGACAACAGUCUGACAAAAUGCAUGAAGACCGAGCUGAAGGAAGAUAAGUUCAAGAAAGCGGUUUUGACAGUCUUGGAAGAGCGAAGAAUGGAUGAUUUCGAUCAGUACGGCCGCACCAUUCCGCUGGACUAUGACUUGAUCGACCGCGAUGUUGAUGAGUUGAGAAAAGCAGUCAAGGCCGAAAAAGGUGGCGAAACUCUUAUGAUUGCCAUCGUACUACAGCGGAGUGAUGCUCAUCUGAGAGCUGCCCUGAAAGAAUAUGAGCGCCACUACAGAGGUAAUUUUGCGCGCGAGGCUCUCAAGAAGAGCGGCAAUCUUGUGGGUGAACUGCUCGCUCAUAUUCUGAACGGAAUAAUUAACCGCCCUGUCCGCGAUGCCUUGCUCCUACACCAUGCACUUACAGCCUCGCGCAAGGACAACCUACGGCGCGAGCUGCUUGUCUCUAGACUUGUCAGAUAUCACUGGGACCCUAUGCACAUGCAGGCUGUCAAGAAGGCCUACAGCGAGAGGUACGGUCGUGAGCUUCAGGAUGCCGUCCGUGACGCAACCAGCGGGGAAUGGGGUAUCUUUUGUUUGGAGCUGUGCAUUGCACGAAUGCCCAACCAUGUUCGACGCAUUGAAAGAGUUGGCGGUAGUGGUCGGUAA